GCAGGAGUUGGGCAGUGCUGGACAUUGUCCCCCAGUUACAGACAUACAAGUGCAACCAUGGCAACGAGACAGAUGUCUGUUAUAAUGAUAUUUCUUUAGAAAGCGCAGCUUUGAAUGGUGAAAUCUCAACAAUUCCUCUUACAACUGUGAUUAACCAGAGUUACCCGACCUUCAAAUGGGUGGCAAUGCUGGUAGAGUUAUUUAUAGUAGUUAGUAUUACAGUAUCAUAUCUUACAAUAGGAGCAGUGCUCCACCAUACAUUAAAUGGAUGGGUUAAUUCUUUCUGGACCAAAGAUUCUAUGGCAACAUACAGAGAUAAACUGAAAUCUCCAACAAAAUGUUCAUGUUGUACCUCACAAUGUAUGUGCAAUACAAUGUUAUCAUUCCUAGUGUUUGGUAUCGUGUUCUUUAUUGCAAUGAUGGAUCCACAGGGCUUCCUAGAUAUGCUAGAAAAAUUUGCCUCUUUGACAAUUAACCUUGAGGUUGCACUCUUCAUCUUCUUGAUGUUCAUGAAGUCAAGGAAUAAGGAAAAUAGAAAUUUAAAGAUUCCACUUCCAAUGCCACCAUUCGUGUACUAUUUGGUGUAUAUCAUACCUGUAUAUUUUGGUUUUGCUGUGGGGUAUGAUAUUUAUAACACUAUACGAGACAUUGUUAUAGAACAGACUGGAUCCUCACAGGGCAAAGUCAUUACCCAGGGAAUUACUGGCAUAGCCAAAAAUAUUACUGGAGUGGUGAAAAACUCAACAGAACAUACACUGAUUAACUCAACAUUGACUUCAUUAAUUAGUACAGAAUUAACAACAUUGUCUACUACUUCUCUAUUGCUUAAUGAUACAAUUGCUCAAAAUAUUUCAAGUACAGUGCCUUUAUUAUAGUAUUUGAUAUGGAAAUUAUUAUAGUAUUUAUUAUAGAAAUUGCUAUGGUGUAAGUUGACUGUUUGAUUUACUUUUUCCGUACUUUGUUUCUAUUUAAAGAAAGGACAAUUAUAUUUCUAUUAUACAUCCUUUGAAAGAUUUCAUAUCUAAAUAUGUAUUAGAACUUCUUUAAACUUCCAAAAUAUCUUGAAUAGAUUUGAUUACUUUUACAAAUACGAAUUUGAUAAGCACUUUCUAAUAUAUACUUUAGUAAUAUAUCUAUAGAAAAUAACUUUUAUGUAUACCACAGUUUAUAGCAUUAUAGCAACAUUUCCAUCAAAAAUGGAAACAAUGGUACUUGAUGUACGUGUACUUAUUUUGUACAAUAAAAUGAAUACUCUCUCAAGAAAAAAACACUGUUAGAGAUUAAGUGGAUCAAACAGUAAGUUUGAGCUGUGUUAUGUUUGUGACAGUUGAUGCACAUCAGUGCUUGUUAUGUGUUGUAUAGAUCUAUAUUUAACAGAGAACCUCGUUUUGACUUUUUUUUUUGGAUGCCUAUCCUAUGAAUAGGUAGACAUAUUGUAUUAAUAUGAAUAGGUAGAUAUGUUGUAUUAAUACUUUCUUUUUGUUUUUGUUUGUUAUCAGGUAUCUCCUUUAACACUUGUUUGAAUGAAAUGAAAUUUUACACAAUUAUUAACAUUGGUGAUCUGACAUUUAGUGCACAUGUUCCAUAAUUAUACUUUACUGUUUUAACAGUCCUUUUCAUCGUCAUUUUUGAUUAUUUUUUCAAUGUAAACUAUUGUUUGUGACUCCUAUUUAAGCUAAAACUUUGUCUCUUUAGCUUUCGUUUGUUCAUGUCAUUUUGUUCAUUCAUUUUGAUAGUAGCUGUCAUCUGACAGCUAAUGUUUAAAUAAACAUUGAUUUGGUAAAUGGGGAAAAUAGGUUUUAGCCAAGAAAGCUACAUAGUCACAAAGGAAAGAAAUGCUCAAGAAAAUAACCAUGUUUACAUUGUGCAUUAUAGUAUAGACAUUAAAUUAAUCAUGACUAUCUUCUACAUUCCAUUGUUAAAGGUAAUAAAAUUGAGUUUUGAGGUCAGUCUGAUAAACUUAAGCACCUGAUUGGCUGGUUUGAACUCAGUCUUGAAUUUGACCAGUGACAGUACAGCAUAAUUGGACUUGAUCUCCAAACGUAGUACUUUAUGGUAUUGGACCCGUAAUAGAGUAUCUCCUUUUUGAAGAGUAUUCAAUUCCUACCAUAAACCUACUUUGACUGCAAUUUUCAGGGGGGGGGGGGGGCGUAGGUUCAAACCCCACUGGGACCAAAUUUUUUUUCUCCAUGUUUUCCUUUUUUCUAGUAAGUUUUUACUUCUUUCAAGACUAAUUAUGGAUGAAUUGUACAAAAGUGGAAAAUUUUCAUUUUAUAAGCGAUUUUUUGCUAUUCAAUGUGAAUUUACCUCUGGAUCAGGAGGGGUAGAGUUAGACAUCUUUAAAAAUACUGAGUUACGUGCGGUAAAAGUUCUCUAUUUUGCCUUUAUUCUUCAGAUUACAUAUUGUGGAAGAAAUGCUGGUAGGUUUUACUAUUGCCCCAAGGUUAUUUUUGAAUGAAGUGAGCAAAAUUCAAAAUAGACCCACAGGACUCGACCUUAAUGUUUCAAUGUUGGAGUUAAAAUUCUGUCUCAUUAAAUCUGUUUACUUGAGACACCCUAGACAAAAAUGAUUUUUACAGUUUUAUUUUGUGUUUUAUAAUUGUUUAACAAUAGUUUGAUGUUUCUUUUAUCAAAAUUAAUGCUGUAAUGAAUUAUCUGCAAACGUUUUAGAUAGUGGCCAUCACAUUGAAUUUUGCCUCUUCUUGAGCGUGAGGAAAUACCAUAAAUUAUACAAAAUUUACAAAAAACGGCACGGUAAAAGUUGUUUAAAAUUUGCAACACAGUGUGAAACAUGGUCAACUUUAAGGAUAUACCAAGCAAAUGCCAUUUUUUAAACAUUACUAUUAGGGGUCCAAUACCUUAAGUAUAGGAACCAGAUCUGCAGUAUUUGCUCAAGUAAUGCAAAAUUUCCGAAUCGUAUGAAUUUCAUAUAUCUUGAAACAAAUGCUCAAGAAAAUAACCAUGUUCAGAUUGUGCAUAAUAGUAUAAACAUGUAAUUUAUUCUGAUUCUUAACAAUUUUGUCGGAACAAUAUUUUCUUGGACCGUUGAAUGUAGAAAUCCACAGAAAUUAUUCCUCAUGAACAUUAAUGAUUUUACAAUAUAGAAAAUAUAUUACUAAACUUAUUUCUAGGAUUUUUUGGAAAACAAAGAACAUAUAAUUUUCUAGGAUAUUUUUAAUCUCAAGGAGAAUUCAGAAAAAUGUUAAAGCGCAUUAAGGUUUUUCGAUGUUUAAUUAUAAUGUUUAGUGUGGCAGAUUCAGACAGAUACAAUAAACAGUCAGAUUCAGUGCAUUUCAAGUUAUAAGAUGUCUCAAAGAAUUGUUUUAGUCGACUUUUAAGUACUUCUUAAUGUUUUUUUUUUUUCUUCAUGCUGAUUUAAGCAAAUUGAACAUACUGAUACUUUUGUGUCUAGGUAAAUUUGAUGUCUCGUCUUGUCAAAUUCCUUUGAAGUUAUAACUCGUUAAGUCGAAAAAUGUAUAUGUUAGCUAAAUACAGAUUUGCGCUUAUGUUACGAAUAUAAGACAUAUCAAACGUUUUCCAUUUGCGAAAUAUUUUCAAAAUGUAUAUUUUAGAAAUAAUAAGUUCCCAAACGUGGUUUAUCAUAGAAUAACCCGAGUUUUGAGUUCUUAUGCGUAAGAAUAUAUCACGAAGGCCGUAAGCCUGAGUGAUAUAUUAUUUCGCAAUAGAACGAAAAAUUCUGGUUAUUCUACGAUAAAGCACAAAUUUAUUAUUUCGAUUCUAACACAAAAUACUAGUAUCAACAGUGUUAGAAAAUAUGGUAACUACUUUUUACGGCCGUGCUACGCACCUGAAUCGGAUGACAUCAUUGCACGCGUGUGGUUUAUUGCAGAAUAACUCGAAAUAGAUUUUGCUCUACAUUUAUGUAGGUUAUUUGCUUGUUGUGUUAGAAUAUUUUUUUUUUUGCAGUGGUUGCAUGUACAUAUAUAAGCGUGGAAAUAUUUUCAGUGAAAACGCCAGCUCCAUUUAUCAUUUUUAAGUCAAGGCUGGGUUAUCUCAAAGUAAAUGUCUGUUCCAAUGACUUUAUACUGUAUAUAGCUUACAAAAUACAUGUAAUUUAGUAUUUGUGAUGUUGAAUGAGCUUUAACACAGUUUUCUGGAGUGAUAUAUCGAUUUGUUUGCAUACGAGAUGUAGUUUUUAUAUACUCAUUGAUUUGAAACAGGUUUCAUUGUGAUACACUGCAUUGGAAUAAUGUUUUGACAAUAUAUUAUUUAUUUUGGUAUGGAGUAUAACAUAAUAUUCAUUGUAUAUUUCUAGCCUCCUUAUUGAAGAGUUCAUAAGGCAGUUCUAUGAAUGUGCAGUCUAGUAUUUUAUUGAUGUUGUUUUGUUAUUUAAGAAACUUGACCAGCUGCAAAGAAAAUGAUAUUAUUUAGAUGUGCUGUUUAAAGAUGUUAUUUUGCAGGGUAAAAAUGUCAAAACUUUUCUGUUUAGUCAGACCUGUCAUUAAUAAAACAAUUACUAAAAUGUACACUUGGGAAAAGAAAAAUACUAAAGAAAUACUAGAAAAUUGAAGAAAAGAACUAUUAUGUUAUAAGUCCGAUUUCUUUAUUUCUAUAGCAUCAACUUCAAAAACUGAUGUGGUAUCAUUGUUAAUUUAACACAUUUAACUACACAGCAACCAAAAAAUGCUUUCACAAAAACACAGUAUGUGCAAUAAGGUGUGCAUAAUGCCACUUGAACAUGUGGUCUCUAGCAUUUUGUUUUGAAUAUUUAUUAAUGUACAUCUUUUGCAGCUAAAUUCAAAGUGCAUUUGCUCUCGUACAUUUCAUGUAUAAUUUCUGAGAAAAAUCAUUUGAUCACGCUAUUUAUGUACUUUUCCGAAGUCAGA